GUCUAAAUCCGCUGCCUUUUGAUCCUGCCACAAACAACGAACCGCUACAAUUCAACAGCUCCAAUGGUCCUCUGGUCUCUGAGUGUCCACUGGAAAACGGAACAGAAAACAGCAAAAAGAGAAAGAGACCCAACCUUCCUCCAGAGGGACUCCGGAAUAUUGCGAUGGACUCCAACUCUUUAGCGAUGCCCAUUUCAGAUCCUAAUGCUUGGGCUACUGCCAUGAAUAACCUCGGAAUGGCCCCCAUGAGCAUGACUGGCCAACCUAUCAUGUCAGAUUUUGACCCCAGCCUUGGUAUGAUGACUGGCAUUGCUCCAAUGAACCCCAUGAUGCCCGGCCUUGGGAUUGUGCCCCCGCCAGUUUCGCAAGACAUGCCUAUAGUGAAGGAAAUCAUCCACUGCAAGAGCUGCACACUCUUUCCACCAAACCCCAACCUGCCUCCUCCUGCCACCAGAGAGAGACCGCCGGGCUGUAAGACGGUGUUUGUGGGAGGUUUGCCAGAAAACGCCACAGAGCAGCUCAUCGUAGAAGUGUUUGAACAGUGCGGAGGUAUCAUCGCCAUCCGGAAGAGCAAGAAGAACUUCUGUCACAUCCGUUUUGCAGAGGAGCACACAGUUGAUAAGGCCCUCUUCCUGUCAGGUUACAGGAUCAGGCUGGGAUCAAGUACAGAUAAGAAGGACACAGGCCGGCUGCAUGUAGAUUUUGCUCAGGCUAGAGAUGACCUGUACGAAUGGGAAUGCAGACAGCGCAUGCUGGCCCGGGAAGAGAGGCACCGUCGCAGAAUAGAAGAGGACCGUUUACGCCCCCCCUCACCACCCCCCAUUGUCCAUUACUCUGAGCAUGAAUGUAGCCAGUUAGGAGAAAAACUCAAAGACGACUCCAAAUUUCCCGAGGCGGUGCGUGUCCUGCUGACCUGGGUGGAACGAGGGGAGGUAAACCGCAGGAACGCCAACAACUUCUAUUCAAUGAUCCAGUCCUCCAACAGCCACAUUCGCAGACUGAUGAACGAAAAGGCCGCCCAUGAGAAGGAGAUGGAGGAAGCCAAGGACAAGUUCAAGAACGCCCUUUCUGGAAUUUUAGUACAAUGUAAGUGUUUCUUAACAGAUGUUGCUUCUGCCUUAAAGAAAUAGAAAGCUGUUGACCUACAUGUAGAUGGCAUUGAUGGGCAACAUGAGACUCAUUUAGAAGUUCUUCUACACACAAAUGCACAAACUUA